AUGAUGACGAACGCAACAGGAUUCCUAGAAAAAUUUCCUGGUCUCAAACCAACAGUUUUGACCUUGAAUGGGCAGUUUUAUUUCCCGUUCAGGAGGGAGAUUGGCAUUGGUUUGGGUAAGCUUAAAGGAGGCGUCGAAGCAUCUAGAGAAUCCUUGCAGUAUCUCUUGGAGAAUCCGCGAAAAGGUCGUGCUAUUGCAAUAGUGCUCGGCGGUUCACAGGAGCUUCUUGAUGCUCGUCCUGGUGCGCACGUUCUUUAUCUUUCAUCACGACGAGGAUUCUGCCGAUUUGCUCUGCAGUACGGUGCGGAUCUUGUGCCUAUGUACAAUUUUGGAGAAAACGAUGUCUUUAACACUAUCUCGAGCCCUAGAGGUACCGCUCUGAGAAAUUUCCAGGAAUUUAUCAAAAGUCGGACUGGUUUUUGCCCUCCGCUAGCUAAUGGUCGCGGAAUAUUUAACUAUACAUUUGGCUUGCUGCCACAUCGAAGACCAAUUGCCACAGUCAUGGGAGCACCGACAAGGGUCGAUGGAGUUGAGAAUCCCACACGAGAAGAAGACAAACUACAUGCAGAAUAUUGCAAAGCGCUGACGGAGCUUUUCGAAGCUCAUAAGAGUUUACAUAAUGUACCAAAAGAUGCACAUUUGACUAUUUAUUGA